UGUGGACCACACUUUAGUCAUCAGUCAAUCAUCACAUCAUCAUGUUCUGCUGGGGAGACGGUUCGAGUGGACAGUUUGGGCUAAACUUUAAGAAUGUGUCUCUUCCGAUAGCAGGGAAUAUAUUCUCUGAUAAAGUCACAGAAAUUGCUUGUGGGGAGCAACACACUUUAUUUCUCACCGUAGAUGGCAGGAUCCUAUCAUGUGGGCGCAACUCAAAGGGACAACUUGGUAGACAGAAGAAAAGAGAUUCAAAACUACCAGCCCCAGUGGAGGGUCUGGGGGUAGUGGUCUCUGUGGCUUGUGGUCAGGACCACUCUGUUGCUGUGUGCGCAUCAGGACAGGUCUACUCCUGGGGGGCAGGGGGUGAGGGACAGCUGGGCAUCACCCUUACUACUGUCUCCAAAGCCCCCAGGCCAAGACCAGUUCCAAUACCUUCGCCCUUGCCGAUAACAGUGAUACAGGUUGCUUGUGGAAAUUCCCAUUCUUUGGCCCUGACUAAAGGAGGACAGGUGUUCUCAUGGGGUCUGAACAGCCAUGGACAGCUGGGCCUGGGGAAGGGAGUCCCUCUGCAGCCCAUACCUGCCCUAGUGCGCUCCCUCAUAGGGGUCCCAGUGACCCAGGUAGCAGCCGGAGGAACCCACACUCUGGCCCUCACCCUCCCAGGCCUGGUCUACUGCUGUGGGGCGAACAGGGCUGGGCAGCUGGGACUCAACCGUGUGGAUGAGAAAGGCCGGUUCAACAUCUGUGCUGUGCCUGCUCUCAGAGUCUUGGGGGUUUUCUUCAUCAGCUGUGGAGAGGCACAUUCUGCAGUUCUCACCAAGGGUGGACAGGUGUUCACCUUUGGAGAGGGAAGCCGAGGCCAGCUUGGGCACAACGCAUCAGCUAACGAACUCCUACCCAAACUGGUAGAGGGUAUGGAUGGACUGGCCUCACAGAUAGCAUGUGGCAGCCAUCACACCCUGGUGCUGGGGUCCUCAGGUCAACUCUGGGCCUUUGGCAGUGGGGUCAAAGGUCAGCUAGGGACUGGCAUUACGGAGGGCUGCUUGCGACCCACCUCAGUGCUGCUGGAAAGGGCUUCUGGUGGGGCAGCAACAGUCAUACACAACGACAUGAAGAUAUCAGUGGGAUGGAAUUCAAACUUCAUUUACACUGCUGAGAGUUCUGAAAGAGAACAGCCAAUCGGGAGGUUAGAUAAAGCCAAGCUGCAAAAAUGGCUGACGAUGGAGCAAGGAAAUUCAGAGGCGCAAAGAGAAAUAUCCUUGAUGUUCUCAACAAGUUCAAGUCUUGUGGCCAGUUUCACCAAAGCCAGUGAGUCUCCAUCAACUAAAGCUGCAGGAGCUUUAAGAGUGGACCUAGAGGCUGCUAGCCAGGCUUUUGAUCAGCUCUUCAACAUCCCAUGGAUCAGGAAAUCAGUAAAUAUAUUGCCACUGGUGGACACUCUUUGCAGUUCAGCAGCUGUCAUCAAGUCACCAGAGAUCUUUAUGCUACUACCCACAAUCCCUCUUCUCCACGAUGACCAGAAUGUCAUGAACAUGGUCAUGGCUUUAGCAAUAGUUAUCGCUGAGGAUCUGAAUGAAACGGCCAUGAAAAUUUUAAAAGACUGGUGGUCGUCACUGGAGCCUUCCAUCAUGACUAAGCACAUUCUGAUGUGGAAGAAUGCCCUGUCAUUCAUGCUGAGGAACGGUCUUCUGGCUACCCACAACCCCGGAGUCAAAUUCCUGCUGGAAGCCCUCAAGUACCUCCACAGAGCAAACAAAAGGGCCAGAAGAACCCAGGAAGUUCCCGCCAGUACCUUUUAUGUGGAAGAGAUCAUUGAUAGGGUAAUUCCUAUGGAUGAUGUGAAGCUUUGGCGCUUUUGGUCAACAAGGGAGGACACAGAGGUGACACCAGUCAUCUUUUGCCGUUACCCAUUUGUGUUGAGUCUGAUCUGCAAGAUGGCGAUUUUCAACAACAAUGCACUUUUUACUAAGGUGGUUCACCAUCUCACCCACCGGCUAACAGUGAUGUAUCCUUCUGGAACGUUCCGAGACAACCCAGAAUCUCCCCCUGCUCCAGUCUUCCAGUUGACCUUAAGGCGCCCGUCACUCAUCGAAGACACCUUCAGACAACUGGGUGCUGCAGAUCAUGACUACUUCCAGAGAGAACUUGUGGUGCGGUUUAUGGAGGACAUCAAGCUGUCGCUCGUCAACAUAAGGGACUUUUUCCUCCAUGUGUUUGAAGAGCUGUUGGCACCAGAGUCUGAGAUGUUCAUGUACAAUGACACCAAGACACUGGUCUGGUUCCCUGCCAAGCCCAGAGUGGAGGAGAAGAGCUACUUCCUGUUUGGUGUCUUGUGUGGCAUGGCCCUGUACAACCACAACAUUGUACACCUGCCCUUCCCUCUGGCCCUGUUCAAGAAGAUGGUGGGGGUCAAGCCCUCACUGGAGGACCUGAGAGAGUUUGACCCUGUUGUGGGAGGGAGUUUGCGGUACCUCUUGGAGGACUACACUGAUGAUGAUGUUGAAGAAAACCUGGACAUGACCUUCACCGUGAUCUGGGAUGACCAGAAGGUGGAGUUGGAUCCCAAAGAAACAGGAAAACCAGUCACAAGUUUUAACAAGAAGCAGUUUGUUGAUGCCUACGUCAACCUUGCCUUCAACCAAUCAGCGGAGAAGGUGUUUGAAGAGUUCAGGAGAGGCUUCUUCAAGGUGUGUGACAGGGACGUGGUGGAGUUGUUCCAGCCUGAGGAGCUCAGGGGAGUCAUGGUGGGGAAAGAGGACUACGACUGGGACACGCUCAAACAGAACACUGUGUAUGAUGGAGAGUACCAUGCCAGACAUCCCAACAUCAUCACAUUCUGGGAGGCUUUUGAGGAACUGACAGACGACCAAAAGAAAGCUUUCCUCCUGUUCCUGACGGGCUGUGAGCGCGUUCCUAUCCUGGGCAUGGACAAGAUCCAGAUUACUGUGGCAGUCCUGCAGAACUCUACUGAACUACAUUUCCCAGAAUCCCAUACCUGCUACUUCCUACUCUUUCUGCCCAUCUACCCCUCCAAGGAGAUGCUGCUGGCCAGGCUCAAAGAGGCGGUGGCCCACAACAGAGGCUUCUGGAAGGAGUAUCAACAGCUGCAGCUUCAGUCCAUACAGCUGCAGCUCCAGUCCAUACAGCUCCAGUCCAUACAGCAGCAGCUCCAGUCCAUACAGCAGCAGCUCCAGUCCAUACAGCAGCAGCUCCAGUCCGUACAGCAGCAGCUCCAGUCCGUACAGCAGCAGCUCCAGUCCGUACAGCAGCAGCUCCAGUCUUUACAGCAGGCUAUAGGGGACUUGCCCAUGGCAGUCUUGAGGGUGUGGUUGGUUCGUUCAUCCAAACCUGGAGGAGGGGCCCCAGUGGAGGGUCUGGGGGUAGUGGUCUCUGUGGCUUGUGGUCAGGACCACUCUGUAGCUGUGUGCGCAUCAGGACAGGUCUACUCCUGGGGGGCAGGGGGUGAAGGACAGCUGGGCAUCGCACCUACUACUGUCUCCAAAGUCCCCAGGCCAAGACCAGUUCCAAUACCUUCGCCCUUGCCGAUAACAGUGAUACAGGUUGCUUGUGGAAAUUCCCAUUCUUUGGCCCUGACUAAAGGAGGACAGGUGUUCUCAUGGGGUCUGAACAGCCAUGGACAGUUGGGCCUGGGGAAGGGAGUCCCUCUGCAGCCCAUACCUGCCCUGGUGCGCUCCCUCAUAGGGGUCCCAGUGACUCAGGUAGCAGCCGGAGGAACCCACACUCUGGCCCUCACCCUCCCAGGCCUGGUCUACUGCUGUGGGGCGAACAGGGCUGGGCAGCUGGGACUCAACCGUGUGGAUGAGAAAGGCCGGUUCAACAUCUGUUCUGUGCCUGCUCUCAGAGUCUUGGGGGUUUCCUUCAUCAGCUGUGGAGAGGCACAUUCUGCUGUUCUCACCAAGGGUGGACAGGUGUUCACCUUUGGAGAGGGAAGCCGAGGCCAGCUUGGGCACAAUGCAUCAGCUAACGAACUCCUACCCAAACCGGUAGAGGGUAUGGAUGGACUGGCCUCACAGAUAGCAUGUGGCAGCCAUCACACCCUGGUGCUGGGGUCCUCAGGUCAACUCUGGGCCUUUGGCAGUGGGGUCAAAGGUCAGCUAGGGACUGGCAUUACGGAGGGCUGCUUGCGACCCACCUCAGUGCUGCUGGAAAGGGCUUCUGGUGGGGCAGCAACAGUCAUACACAACGACAUGAAGAUAUCAGUGGGAUGGAAUUCAAACUUCAUUUACACUGCUGAGAGUUCUGAAAGAGAACAGCCAAUCGGGAGGUUAGAUAAAGCCAAGCUGCAAAAAUGGCUGUCGAUGGAGCAAGGAAAUGCAGAGGCGCAAAGAGAAAUAUCCUUGAUGUUCUCUACAAGUUCAAGUCUGGUGGCCAGUUUCACCAAAGCCAGUGAGAUUCCACAAGCAGCCGGAGCUUUGACAGUGGACCUAGAGGCUGCUAGCAAGGUUUUCGACCAGCUACUGAACAUACCUUGGAUUAGGAAAUCAGUAAACAUUGUGCCACUGGUGGAAAAUCUUUGCAUUUCAGCAGCUAUCAUCAAGUCACCAGAGAUCUUUCUGAUACUACCCACAAUCUCUCUUCUCCAUGAGGACCACAACGUCAUGAACAUGGUCAUGACAUUAGCAGUAUUUAUCAGCAACCAUCUGAACGAAACGGCUAUGAAAACUUUAAAAGACUGGUGGUCGUCACUGGAGCCUUCCAUCAUGACUAAGCACAUUCUGAUGUGGAAGAAUGCCCUGUCAUUCCUGCUGAGGAAUGGUCUUCUGGUUACCCACAACCCUGGAGUCAAACUCUUGCUACAACUCCUCAAGCAGCUCCACAAAGCAAACAAAAGGGCUGGAAGAAUCCAGAAAGUUCCAGCCAGUACCUUUUAUGUGGAAGAGAUCAUUGGUAACGUCAUUCCUAUGGAGGACGUGAAGCUUUGGCGUUUUUGGUCAACAAGGGAGGAUAUGGAGGAGAUGCCUGUCAUCUUUUGCCGUUUCCCAUUUGUGUUGAAUCUGAUAUGCAAGAUGGCUGUUUUCAACAUUCAUGCACAUUUUUCAAAGGAGGUUCACAAACUCGCCCACCGGCUGACAGUGAUGUGUCCUUCUGGAACGUUCCGAGACAACCCAGAAUCUCCCCCUGCUCCAGUCUUCCAGUUGACCUUAAGGCGCCCGUCACUCAUCAAAGACACCUUCAGACAACUGGGUGCUGCAGAUCAUGACUACUUCCAGAGAGAACUUGUGGUGCAGUUUGUGGAGGACAUUAAGCUGUCGCUCGUCAACAAAAGGGACUUCUUCCUCCAUGUGUUUGAAGAGCUGUUGGCACCAGAGUCUGAGAUGUUCAUGUACAACGACACCAAGACACUGGUCUGGUUCCCUGCCAAGCCCAGAGUGGAGGAGAAGAGCUACUUCCUGUUUGGUGUCUUGUGUGGCAUGGCCCUGUACAACCACAACAUUGUACACCUGCCCUUCCCUCUGGCCCUGUUCAAGAAGAUGGUGGGGGUCAAGCCCUCACUGGAGGACAUGAGAGAGUUUGACCCUGUUGUUGGAGGGAGUUUGCGGUACCUCUUGGAGGACUACACUGAUGAUGAUGUUGAAGAAAACCUGGACAUGACCUUCACCGUGAUCUGGGAUGACCAGAAGGUGGAGCUGGAUCCCAAAGAAACAGGAAAACCAGUCACAAGUUUUAACAGGAAGCAGUUUGUUGAUGCCUAUGUGAACCUUGCCUUCAACCAAUCAGCGGAGAAGGUGUUUGAAGAGUUCAGGAGAGGCUUCUUCAAGGUGUGUGACAGGGACGUGGUGGAGUUGUUCCAGCCUGAGGAGCUCAGGGGAGUCAUGGUGGGGAAAGAGGACUACGACUGGGACACGCUCAAACAGAACACUGUGUAUGAUGGAGAGUAUCAUGCCAGACAUCCCAACAUCAUCACAUUCUGGGAGGCUUUUGAGGAACUGACAGCUGACCAAAAGAAAGCUUUCCUCCUGUUCCUGACGGGCUGUGGUCGCGCUCCUAUCCUGGGCAUGGACAAGAUCCAGAUGAAGGUGGCAGUCCUGCAGAACUCUACUGAACUACAUUUCCCAGAAUCCCUUACCUGCCACUUCCUACUGCUGCUGCCCAUCUACCCCUCCAAGGAGAUGCUGCUGGCCAGGCUCAAAGAGGCAUGUGCCCACAACAGAGGCUUCUGGAAGGAGUAAUGGACACUAUAUAUAGGCUACUGCUGUGUUCAUCAUUUCAUUCAAUGUGUUUCUUACAUGUCAAUAUAUCUCUUAUGUUUAGCAUAGGAUUUUGGUUCUAGCCGCCUUGUAGGUUCAGAUUUUCCACUAUUUUUAAACUUUUUAAAUAUAGCCUUUUUCUAUUGGAAAUGUGAAUAUUGCAAAUUCAGGAUAUGUAGCCUGCCCUAUUAUUGAAAAAACAUUCCUUGACUUAAUGUCUACUAACUCUGGGUGUGAUAUAUAAAAAUGACAGGCAUUUGAUGUAAUCCUACAUGUGAACAUCCUUUUUUUCUGGACACGUCUGCAUCAUCUUUUGACAUAUAUGUCUGUAUCUUGUGUUUUGUUGACAGAAUAAUUCUGUCUGUAUCUAAUAAAUAGAGAUGAUUAGUUCA